AUGGGAGAACAGCAAGCGGCACAGCAACCUGCAGAGGAGGAUGGCGGGCCCAGCUUGCUCCAGCGGUUUUUGAACAUCGGCAAGCGCUGCGUGGGCAUCUUCGCCAAGAGUUCGCCGCCCGAGCCAAACCCGGAGGUGGCUUUAUAUUUGGAAUCCAUCAAUAUCCAGCAGAGGCACUUGUUGACGAUCUACAACGUCUUCCAUGCCUUGAAGGGUCUGGAGGAAGAUGAUUCCUUCUACACCACCGUCUAUGCGGUGAACGCCGAAGUCCUUCCUGUGUUGAUUGAAGAUCGGAGGAAGUGGGUCCUGAAGCUGUUGAAAUGCAUCCUCAAACUGGGCGACUGCGAAAGGGAAGCGACCUGGGACAAGUUCCUCUGGGUGAUGUUACGCUUUUGUUCGUUGAACAAAGUGGAGCUGGCACAGGCCUUGUUUCUCUGCAUCUUGCGCAUUCGAGAUUCCACCACGUAUCACUACAUCCGCUACUACGAGCUGGGUGAGUUCUUUGCCAUCUAUCGCAACUGCCCUGUGCGAUCCUUUGAUACGGCGGACAUCAACUUUGACCUCCUGCCCACCAGAAGGUACUAUGCCUCCGACUUCGCGGAACUUCUCAUGAGAUAUCCGGUGCUGCUGCAUCCUAUGCUGCACCUGCAGCAGUGUUUGCAGUUGAAACUGCCGGGCUUAGACUUUUGGGAUAACAGCACGGAGUCGGUGUCCUUCUGUCGGAAGAUCACCUUCGACUUUUUCCUCAUGGAGACGGGUCGGAUCUUCCUCCGCGGCGAGCCGCCCUUUCGGGAAACCUGUGACAUGUUGUGUCCGGAUGCUUUGGGUGCUGUGCCCAUCAACCAAGAUCAAUGGAUCUUGAGAACGUGCUUCGCAAAGAACGGGCAGGGCAUAGCGCAGAUCUUCGUAUGGGGUGAACAACCUCUGCCAGAAGUCAUCGAGCUGAAGCAAAUGGCAAAGGAGGAGGAGGAGGAGCGUGAACGCAUCCGUUUGGAGAAGCUGAAGCAGGAAGAGGAAGAAAACUUUGAUCGGGAUAUCCCCAAGCAGGAGGCAAAGAAGAGCAGCAAGGACGAGGCCGGGCGCACGUCGUCCAAGGAAGACGUGAAGGUGGAAGACAUGACCGAAGAGGAUGCGCGAAAGCACCGUCAGCUCCAGGCGAUGGAAAAGGCCAAGCGUGAAGCGGAUGCCAAGAAGGAUCGCAGCAUGACGCAGACGGACUUGGACAUGAGCGCCUUGACGCGCACGGCGGCCACCAUGGACGAGGAGUUCUCGGCGCCGGUGGAUCUGCUGCCACCGGCCUGGAUGAAGCAUUGCACCAUUGCGCCCGCGCAACAGAAGGGAUCGGAUCCGCCGCUGCCAAUGGUGAUGAAGCAACCGGCCAAGUUGAUCUAUCGGCAGACGCAGGAGUCGGAUCGGCGGCGCCUGGCGCGAGCCAAGAAAGGCAAGGACGAGGAAGCGGAGGAGGACGAAAAUCCGAAUGAAGAUGAGAGCCCAGAUGCAUCCUGA